AUGUGUAUCUACACGAUCAACGAAUACCCCUUCUGCAGCGACCCAAAUAUCUACGUCGGCCCCGAGGACGCCACAAUGUGCGAGGGCAACGGCAACCAGAUGUGCCGCAAGUACAGCUUCACGGCCUGCGCUAAUUUCACGCGGACUGGCCAUCCAUGCGUGAACCACAGGAGCGAGAGGAAGUACCGCCACGCAAUCGAGGCUCGCGAGGACACAAUUAUUAGGGUGCACCUCACGGACUGUAAUAUGAGGGUGGAUAUAAACAUGGGCUGCAAAGUUGGCAACGGCAAACGCAGCACCGACCACUUCAACAACCCGAUUACAGUUGAUGGGGUCCCAAAUAUCGGGCCUCAGCGUUGCCCCAUAGAUGGUGUUGAUGGACAGAUACUCAUGCAGCUGAUCCGAGAGAGAGAGAGGAACUAA